UUCUUUCGGUGUUAAAUUUUAUUCUUGGAACGCCUAAAACUCUGAGCUACUUUUCUCGGCCUGAAGAAAGUCUCUCUACAAGAAUCUAAACGACUAAGCUUUAAAUCUAAUGGGACUCGGCCCUAAAUGGGCUGAGAUGACUCGGGAAUGUCUUCUGGACAUCUUCUCACGCCUUAGCCAGGAAGAAAGAUGGAUGGGACCGAUGCUUGUCUGCAAGACUUGGAUGAACACAUGCCAUGAACCGUCACUCAACACCAUCUUCGAUCUCGAAUCUCGGUUUCAGUCAUUCCCUGAGUCGAUCAACUGGUGGACUCCCGAGUUUGAAGACAAGGUUGAUUCCUUCUUCAGAUCCGUCGUUGACUGGAGCGAAGGCGGUCUCACAGAGAUUCGUGUCAGACACUGCACAGAUCGCUCUCUAUCUUACGCUGCUGAGAGGUGUCCUAAGUUAGAGGUGCUUUGGAUUAAGAGCUGCCCUCACGUCACUGAUGCAACGAUGGCAAAAAUAGCCUCAAACUGUCCAAAGCUAAGAGAGCUUGAUGCAAGCUACUCUUAUGGUAUAUCUCACGAGUCUCUGUCCAUGUUAGGGAGGCAUUGCCCGAACCUAGAGAUCUUGAAAAGGAAUCUGUUUCCUCGGCAAGGUCCCAGCGUGCCUACAAUUGUAGCGCCGGUUGAUUAUAUACGUGCAUUUCCAAGAUACGGUAACAUAGAGGCUCAAAUAAUAGGGAGACACAUGCCUAGGCUGAAGCACUUGGAGCUUCAAUACUGUACAAUGACUGUUAAAGGUCUUACCUCGGUUUGUAAAGGAUGUUCUAAUCUAGAGUACCUAGACUUAUGCGGGUGUAUAGCCUUGACAAACAGUGAUAUAACGAGAUGUAUCUCGAGCUUGAAGAGUUUGAUGGAGAUCAAGAAGCCUGACUUCAACCGUCCUGUUGAUAUUUUACGCCUUCCAAGAAAUGAUAAUUGAAGAAAAUAAUAUGGUGAUGAUUACUUCACUUGUUUUUGGCUCGCUUCUGUGUUAUUUUUAUUUUGUUAUUUGCUUAUUGUUGUUGAUAAGAAGAGAGUUGAUAUUUCUUGCGUGUUAAGAAACCAACUCUUCUACCU